CAAAGAAAAGAAAAGCAAAGCAGACGCCAGAUUCUUUCUUUCCUGGCGAGGAAAAGCGAAGAGAGACAAAAGCAGAGGCCCAGCCAGAGGGAGGAGAAGAAGAAGCAGAGAGAGUAGCCUCAAUAAUUGUUUGGGCAUCGGGAAUCCCAGCUCCGCAUCCAUCUCCUAGCGCUGAAUUCCAGAGAUCUCACACCUCUCUCUCCUCCCUCUCCCCCGUCAUUCUUCCUCCCCUCUCUCCUCCGUUUUGGUGGCGGGGUGGUGCAAGUUGGUCGCAGUGGAGUUGGCACAGGGCGUUGCCUUUUUGGGCGCACAACAAAGGCAGGAGGGCAGGAGAAGGAGGAGGAGGAGGCUUGUGCUUCUCUCGCCUCGCCUUUGCGGGGCCGCCGCUUUUGGGCCUCCUUCUUCCCAUUGGAGCGUACAAAGCUGGGCGGCACCAUUUAAAGGAAGAGCAGCAGGAGGCGGAGGAGAUCGACCCAAACCCUCUCAACAAGAGUAGUGAGAGCGCACCACCACCAUCACUAGUGCUGCUACACUGCACUCCGUCCCAGCCAGCCAGAGGAGGAUCGCGUGGCGCCGCUGUUCCUUGUGCCCUGCCCUUUCGCCGCGAGGACCGACCGACGGACGAUCCCAAGGUCGGAGAAAGUGUACUCUGCAAGCUUCUCAAAUCUGGGUACUGUUUGUAGAGGAGUGGCCCUUUUUCAGUAAAGCUUUGGACAUUAUCUUGUACUAGUUUGGAUGGCAUCCAUGGUUACUCUCAUGUGUUUGUGGAGCCCUGGAUGCCGAGCUCACCUUUGAUGCGCCACUGUGGAGAUGUAACUUGUGCUACGCCAUUUGUCCCCUCAUUGCAGAAGAAAGUUGGGUAGCAAGAUCAAGCGUUCUUCCGUAGCUUGGUCAAGUGUUUGUGAGGCUCAACCCGGAGCACCAAAUUUUGUCUGGCAUGCAGAUGUCAACAGAUCCUAACCAAUACGGCGUAUUUCCGCAUUCAUUCUUCGGCCAACAUGUGGUUUCAUUUCAGACGAGUGCAAUUACCAAUGGGCCGGGAGUCAUGCCGGUCUGCCUGGACACUUCCAGUGGGAUAAAUGGUAAUCUGGCAAUGUUGAACACUACACCUUCGACGAUUGUAUCCACUGCUUCACCCAACAUGAUUCCUGAUUCUAGCCAGAGCCUAAAGUAUGGAGGUCCAAUGGCUGUGGAGUGGUCAUACCCUGAGUUACAGAUGCUUAAUGACGGCCUCCAUAAGUAUGCAAGUGAACCGGGAAUCAUGAAGUAUAUCAAGAUAGCAGCAAUGUUGCCAGAGAAGACAGUAAGAGAUGUGGCCAUGAGAUGCCAGUGGAUGGUGGAAAAACAAAAUACAAGACGACGGAAGACUGAAGAACACAAUGUUGGAAGAAAGAUUAAAGAUAGAAAGGCUGUAUCUCAGGACAAAAUGGUGGAGUCGUCAUUGUGGGCUAACAAUCGUUCUGUUCCAACAGAUACCAGAGGUUCUUCUGUUACGAUAGCCUCUGACAUCGACCGUGCAAUGCUUAAUGUAUUGGAAGAAAAUGCUCGACUUCUCAAUCAGAUAGAAGCAAAUAUUUUGACAUCACAGGCUCAGAACAACAUUGAUCUUUUCCAUCGCACAAGAAGUAACAUCAAUAAUCUUCUACAAAGCAUGAGCCAAAUACCUGGAAUAAUGAGCAAGAUGCCUAGGUUGCCUAUUUCAGUGGAUGAAAAGCUUUGCAGUUAUCUGCUCCCGGGUGUUAAUUUGGCCCAAGUUCUUAGCAGCAGCUACCUGAAAGAGGAGCCAAGAGGAAACUGGUGAGCCAUUGCAAAGGUGGCUCCUCAUUUUUCAGUAAUAGAUGAAAGGUUUGGAGAGCUCUUUGCCCCGUGUCUGCGUGGAGAAGCAAGAGAUGCAAGAAACAUCCAUCUUUUCCUACCUAAUAUCUGGAGAGCCACACUGCGGUGUGUGCCUUCAAACACGGCGUCAAAUGUUCUCUCUCUGCAAGUCUAUAUAUAAUAUUAGUCAUUGAAAAUAGGGAGGGUUUUCGCAAUUGCAGUUUUCCUCAUCUUGUUGCACAUAUUGUUUGGUUUUCUCCCCUGGUCCAGCUUUUGCUCCAGUCCAAGUGAUCAUCUUAACAAGUAGUGUAGCAUAGAAACUUGAUACAAAUAAUUAGCAGGAAAAUGCCCUUUUGUCACUUGCAAGGUAACCCUUCUGUGUGUAUUGCAAAGCUCUCACUUCACUGUAAUCUCUCUUCACUGGACGUGCCGAGUAUGAUCAACACAACACAAAUCUCAUCAGAUACUCAAGAACGUUGGUAGCUAGAUAAAGCUCAUUGAGUGACCAUUCCCCAUGUUAUGACUAGAAGAGGACUCAAACCCCUUAGAUUUUCAUGCUCGGAGUUCUGACACGGUUGCUAUUUUAUCAUUGUGGCUCUUCAUGCCAUUUCAGUUCAAAAAAUUACAUGA